AUGGCAUCGACAGGGCUAUGGUCUCGUAUACGAGCCUUUAGCUCGCAGCCCAGCACGGCGCGGACCGUGACGGCUAACCUGCUGGGCUUCGCGACUUGGAUCCCCGUCAUCGCGUGGUUCAACAUGCAUGUCGCGGAGCUGACGGUUAUCGAUGGCGCUUCCAUGUAUCCGUUUAUGAAUGAGGAUCGCGACUCGACGCUGCGCAGAGACGUCGUCUUCAACUACAAGUGGUCGCCGCAGGAUGACCUGCAAAGGGGCAUGAUUGUGACAUUGAGGAGCCCGUAUCACCCAGAAGUCGUCGCCGUGAAGAGAGUAGUCGCCGUCGAGGGCGACGUGGUCAAGACGAAAGCGCCGUAUCCCAUCUCUACGGUCAAGAUCCCACCAGGACAUAUCUGGAUCGAAGGCGACGGACCUCCCGGGUCAACCCUGGACAGCAACACAUACGGACCAGUCUCAAAGCGUCUGUUGACGGGCAGAGUGACGCACAUUGUCUAUCCGUUCCGCAAGUUUGGGCCUGUCAAGUGGUGGGAGCAUGAGCGGCCGCUUGUAGAGUAA